UUGAACCAUCUGUCGUGUAGUUUCGUGUGGGAAAACUUUGAAACAUAUCCCACGAAAAUGUUUCAAAUCGGAUGUUACAUUUGGGCUCUAUUGGUCUUGUUGCUGCUGAAGGACCUGGAAUUUUCGCAGGCCGAGCUGUACAACAAGCAGCUAACCAUAUUUGCCGAAGCGGGCCGCCAGGAGUGCUACCACCAACCGAUUGCAGCUUCCGAGAACAUACGAAUCGAUUACCAGGUGAUACACGGCGGCCACGGCGAGCCGCACAUCAACUUCAACCUGAUGGAUCCGGGUCGACGCCUCCUGAUCACCGACGUCAAGCAGGAGAAGGGCAGACACAACCUGGUGGCUCGCGAAACGGGAUCCUACAAGCUGUGCUUCGACAACACCAUUAGUUCGUUCAACCAGAAGAUCGUGGCCUUUAUUCUGGAGGUGACUGCAGCGGACAAGGAGGAACAGGAUCUUCGGCACCUGGGCAAGGAAAUGCUCACCGAUUACCAGUUCGAUCUGGCCUAUACCAGCAUUGACAAUUACAUUGCCAAGAUACGGGUUAACUUUCACAGAUCGCGGCAAACUCAAGACUUCAUACGCACCAUCGAGGCCAGGGACCGCCAUGUGGCCGAAUGCAAUUUCGAAAGGGUCAACGUUUGGUCUUUCGUGCAGCUAUCGGCCAUGGUUAUUGUGGGCUGUAUGCAGGUGAUAAUGCUGCGAAGUAUUUUUAGUUUAAGCGGGAGAUUCUAUGAGUUUUGGAAACGCUUUUGAGCCUCAAAGAAAAUCGAUGCAACUAGUGAAUUGACAAAAAUUAAAUCAACUAAAACAGGCGGGAAUAAAAUAAGCUGAAUUUCUUGUUGUGUGAAAAAGACUUCUA